AUGAGACACAUCCGCUGGACUGAUGAUGCUGAAUACACCCUUAAGGUCUUUGAUCCAGUUGGAGAGGAAACAGAAAAGCGAAAACUGAAGUUGUCCAUUCAAGCACAAACUGAAAGUGGUGCUGUCUCAGGUUGGGCUCAUGGGAAAACUCAAACAGUGACUUGGGCCCCUGUGUCGUCUCCUCUGCUGGCCUCUGAGUGUCUGUCCCAGGGAGAGGUGAGGGUGUCCUGCUCCUCUGAGGAGGGCGACAGUCCUCAGUACAGCUGGACUCUGGAUGGACACACACUGAUGGACAGCCAGCUCCUCUCUGCUAAUGAGGACAACACAGAGAUCACUCUGAAACCAGGCGUGUCAGGACAGCUCGUCUGCUCCGUCAACAAUCACGUCAGCAGUGCUGCUGCAAACAAGAUGAUGUCACAGUGUGCAGGAGUCAUUUUCAUUGACUGCAUCUUAACCAAUGGGACACACAUAUCUCAGUGGCUGCUUGAGACCGAUAAGCCUGAGUGUAUUAUGACGACAACAGCAGCUGAACCCCCUGAGAGCAGCACUCUGGCAUUUCCAGGUGUGGAAACCUUCUGUGAUGGCAGACAGGAUGGAGCUCAGUGUUACGCUGCUCUGGGAGGAACCGUGGUUCUCCGCCUCAUGACUUCAGCAUCUGACAGAUUUAGAUACCAAUGGCACAAAGUGAAAGUCAUGCUGUCUCAGAUGGGCUGA